AUGGAAGGGACAAAGGAGAAAAGUCUACGUUCCUCGUCUCAGAUCGACGUUUCAUGUUCCACUCCCUUAAAUAAUAACUUAAAUCGACUGUCUUUAAUUUCUACCGGGGGACACACCAGGGCUUCUACCAUAUCUAUAGCACACAAACAUAGUCUGACGCCGGUGAUGGAACUUUUUUCAGAUCCGAAACAGUCUUAUAUGACAUUCGCUGAGUUCAAAAGAAUUGAUGAACAUCCGCGACAACAAAGAGCGAUAUUAGCGGCGUUACAACGACAGGAGAGUGACUUGAAAAAGGACGGGGUCAUAAAGGAGAAGGGAAGCUCAAAGAAGAAAAAAGAAAGAAAACUUUCUAAAACCAAAGAUUUAAUAGGCUAUCGAUCACCAAUCCCAUUGGUUAGACGAGGUUCUUCGAGUGUUGCAGCGUUUAAGUUUCUUGGAAUUAAAAAAGGAAAAAAGAAAACCUCAUCUGUAUUGUUGAAUAAUCUUGUGUUAGCUAUUCGUGAUCACAAAACUUCCGAUGCUUUGGCAAUACUUACACAUUUGUCGAGUCACGCUCUGAAAAAGAAAAGACCCAAUGAAGCAAAUUGGGCAUUCUUGAUGGCCAUGGCGAAUCGGAUGGAGGAUGUCGCAUUGACCAUGUAUGAACGCGGAAUUCCGGGUGAUGUCAAUUCCCCGAUAUUCGUCAAGCACACGAAGAAUUCGGAACGUGGUGGCAUCUCCGGUAUGAAAUUUCCGAGUUACUUUAUUUUAUCGGUAGCUCUUGGACUAUACAAACUGACACAAGCAAUGUUGAAGCGAGCUAAUGUAAACCAAACAUGGUUUGGCCUCUCGCCAUUGAUGAUCCUCACGGCUCAGGCAACCCCAACGUCAUAUGCGAAAUUGGACUCCGAUGCCGCAAUUUUAAUGAAGAUCUUUCUUGAACAUGGAGCCGAUCCUUCGCAAGGGUUACCAUAUGAGCAAUUUAAUAUGCUGAGGAGGCUAAAGGCGAGAAAAUCGAAUAUAUUAAGUUUGGCAGGUUCCAUUAAAGCGUCACAUAAAAGUAUCUCGCGUCAAUUCAGCAGCAAGCAUGUGAAAGCCGAGAAGGUCAAGGAAGAGACGAAAAUUUAUGCAAAGGACAAGUGGGUGACACCGCUAGACAUUGCGGCUGUCAGUGGGAAUAUUGAGAUUGUGAAGAUAUUACUGUCAAGAAUGGAUAGAUCGAGUAUUGCAAGUAGUUCAUUCUGUCUGUCUAUGCAACAUGAUAUAAUGCUUACAUUGGACCUCGUUCAUGCUGGGGCCAACGUCAACCAACAGGACCUUAGAGGUAGCACGGCUUUGCAUCGUGCGGCCAGGUCAGGGCACGUCGAGAUGGUGAAAGUAUUAUUAACGUGGGAAGCAGAUGCCAAUGCAAAGGGUGAAAACGAUUGGACCCCACUGCAUGAAGCAAUUAGCCAGAAGCACAUUAAUGUUUGUCAAAUUCUAGUUGCGGCGGGAGCGAACGCCGAAUUAAAGAAUAAAUCUGGGAAGACCGUUCGUGACCUAGGAUUGUUGUGCGAUUCAGCAGGCGCACCUAGCCUACAGAAGAACAAGCAAAACGGGAAUGUACUGGGUUCAAAAGCUACACAAUCGAAUGAAAAAAUAUCCACAAAUUCAACGAACCACAAAACCAAAACAUUUUCCAAAAAAUCAUAUCACAAUCUUUCCGUGUUGCUGAAGGCCGGCGAUCGCACCGAAAGCAAGUCACCGAAUACAAAAUGUUGA